AUGAACGCACAUCACGAGAGCAAGCAUUCUAAAUUCUUUCGCGUGGGAGGUUCAGUCGGUCUAUGCGUCGGACUCGCUAUCGGGGCAACCAGUCUGUUCGGACAUAGCAGCAGCCGAUCUGCAGGACCUACAUUAUCACACUAUAUGGCGAGCUCGGUGGUCUCAGUAGCAGCAUGGAUGAGUCUUAGGGGGCUGCUGCUACAACCACGGGAAAGAUUUCCAGCUUUGCUUUAUCAGACAGGAGCAGUCAAUGCGAACACACCGUUGGAACAUUUGCGUCUACUGAACAAUGCUCCCGAUUCCAUAUCCAACAUGUAUCAGACCCCACGGACCUUUGUGCACAGUCGCUGCAACUAG